UGACUGGAUGUCAGUCGCACCUCGGCCCUCGUGCACUGCGACCAGGAGAGCUUCGACUGACGGGUCCGAUCCGACGGGCCACUGACAUGGCACGGAUUCGGACACUUUGAGCCAAAAGGCUUUUGAGCUGAGACACAAGGAGACCUUCAGCUGGACUGAAGUCAAACUACCAAACAGGGAGAAGACACGGUGAAAGAAAGGGAGGAAAUAAAAUACCCUGCAGAGAACCUCAGAGGGGAAAGAGAGGGUUCUGACAGAAGAGGAAAAAGGGUCGACGUUGACCUCUUGACCCGACAGACCAGCAACUUACAUCAUCAUGGACACAGACAUAGACAUGGGCCUCGACCACAGAAAAGGCUCCUCACAGCAGCAUCAAGACACAGAGUUAUUCUCCUCGGAGGAAGACAGCAGUCUGUACUUCACCUACAGUGGAGGGUGCAACGAGCUGGAGGUCAACGACCUGCACUGUGAGGUGGACACUGCGGCUCAGAUCCCCUGGUACGAGAGGUUGUCAGAGUUCAAGCUGCCGUGGGAGGUGAAAGGAAACAAGCAGACGGCCAUCAACAAACUCAGCCUGCGAGUCCGCAGCGGUCAGAUGCUGGCCAUCAUCGGCAGCUCAGGUUGUGGUAAAACGUCUCUGCUGGACAUCAUAACGUGUCGGGACGAGGGCAGCACGAUAACGUCCGGCCAGAUCCUGAUCAACGGGAAGCCCAACACCCCGCAGCUGGUGAAGAAGAGCAUCGCUCACGUCCGCCAAGACGACCGACUUCUUCCUCACCUCACCGUCCGCGAGACUCUCGCCUUCGUGGCCAAACUGAGGCUCCCCACCCACUACACACAGGCCCAGAGAGACCAGAGGGUGGACGAUGUCAUUGCAGAACUGCGGCUGCGACAGUGUGCACACACCCGGGUGGGAAACGACUACGUGAGGGGGGUGUCUGGAGGAGAGAGGAGGAGAGUCAGUAUAGCUGUCCAGCUUCUCUGGAACCCAGGUAUUUUGAUCCUGGACGAGCCCACGUCCGGCCUGGACAGCUUCACAGCUCACAACCUGGUGAUCACCCUGUCCCGCCUGGCCCGUGGCAACCGCCUGGUCCUGCUGUCCGUCCACCAGCCUCGAUCGGACAUCUUCCAGCUCUUCGACCUCGUCGUCCUGCUGUCGUCGGGCUCGGCAGCUUACUGCGGCGCUGCUCGGGACAUGGUGCCUUAUUUCACUGCGCUGGGAUACCCCUGUCCACGAUACUGCAACCCCUCCGACUUCUAUGUGGAUCUGAUCAGUAUCGAUCGGCGCAGUGCAGAACGGGAGGCCGAGUGUCUGGAGCGAGCCAGAAUUCUGUCUGAGCUCUUCAUGGGAAAGGUCAGAGACACACACGACCACAUGUGGAAACCUGCUGGGACCAACGCAGCAGCAACACACACUGAAAGCCCUCAGAGGGCAGAGGGAGAGGAAGUCAUCACAAUCUCCCAGGAAAGAAACAGACUGCCGGGCCGACUUCACCAGUUUACCAUCCUCAUCAGGCGUCACAUGUACAACGAUUUCAGGGACCUGGUCACCUUACUGGUCCACGGCUUCGAGGCCCUGCUCAUGUCCCUGCUGGUCGGUUGUCUGUACUACGGGGCAGGAGGAGAGCGUCUGUCCAUUCAGGACACUGUGGCCCUCCUCUACAUGAUUGGAGCGCUCACCCCGUUUGCUGUGGUGCUGGACGUCAUAGCUAAAUGUCACACAGAGAGAGCCAUGCUGUACCACGAGCUGGAGGACGGAAUGUAUUCAGUCACAUCCUACUUCUUCGCCAAGGUCCUGGGGGAGUUACCAGAGCACUGUGUGUUCACCUUGGUCUACGGGGUUCCCAUCUAUUGGCUGGCGGGGCUGAACGAGGCUCCGGACCGCUUCCUGCUCAGCUUCCUGCUGGUGUGGCUGAUGGUUUACUGCAGCCGAGCCAUGGCUCUGUUCGUGGCCGCCUCGCUGCCCACCCUGCAGACCUCGGCCUUCAUGGGCAACUCCUUGUUCACCGUCUUCUAUUUGACCGGCGGGUUUGUCAUCAGCCUGGAGAAUAUGUGGCUUGUGGCGUCCUGGUUCUCUCACAUCUCCUUCAUGCGAUGGGGUUUCGAGGGCAUGCUGCAGGUGCAGUUCAGAGGGAACAAGUAUCCCGUCGGCAUCGGGAACAUCACGUUCAACGUUGACGGAAUACACGUGGUGGAGGCCAUGGACAUGAACCAGUACCCUCUGUACCUGUGCUACCUGGUCCUGCUGGCUGUCUGUCUGGUCUUCAUGGGCCUUUACUACGUGUCCCUGAAGUUCAUCAAGCAGAAGUCCAGUCAGGACUGGUGAACACAUCUGGACGGGUUUCAGCGAAUAAACUAAACAUAACCUGGAAUCACACACGUCAGGAGAGGUUGUUUUUUUUGCAGUACUGAAAGGAAGUAAUUUCUAGUUCGACUGGUUCGACGCUGAAUUUUCUGAAAUUUUUCUGUGAAGCAGUGUUUAAUUCAGAAGAUAACGCUAAAAUAUAUUUUGAAUUGUUUUCUUUUCACUAUAAUUCCACAUGAGACAAUUCGGCACUUUGAAAUAGUAGAAAAACAUCAAAUAUCCACACAGAAUGUAAACCGUAUAAACAUUUGUCUUAUAAAAAACAAUGUCAACAAACAUCAGGUGUUUACAGUUCAAACAUGGGAACGAUUAAGAAGCAUUUGUCGCAGUACCGCUGUCUGCUGCUGGGUGGCAGCAGAGCACCGCAGUAACACCCCAGUUCAGGCUUGUGAAUGAUUGGAGUCGCUGCCACUUUGGCUGAUUUCCAUCUGCAGCUUUUGCUUGUUCCAUUUUCAAUCUUUUUUUUUCUACAGCUUUUAUCUUUUUCUUUUUUUUUUUGUAUAUGUAAGAUUAUUAAGCUUAACAAUGUCUGUGCCAGUAUAGGAAGCACUGGAGCGAAGACCAGAGGAGAUUUAGUAAGUCACACUUACGAGCUUGAGCUUGUUGUGUCCUCAUAGAUUGAAGAUUAUGUAAGCUGUGUUUUUUUGCACUGGUGCAAAAGCCUGAUAAAUAUUUCACCGACAUGGUUCAAGUCCAAAUUAGUAAAGUAUUAAAUCAAAUUGCUGCA